AAAUCUCAAAUUAGAAAUACAAUAAUUGUAUACAUUUCAUAUUAAAAGAAAAUCUAACGGAUCGAAUUUCAAAUCAAGGUACUGUAUCCGUCAUCAAACCAGGAAACAGUGCAAGAAUGAUCGGUUGCCUUAUCUAAAGUAUCAAAUAAAUGCAACUCAUUUGAAAUUCAAUAGUCGGUACAGAAUACCUAGCGACAACAGAAUAAUUUCCUAAUGUAAAGUGGGGAUGAGAAAAGACCCAGGUCGAAGAUGGGACUCAGAUAGUCCUUGACUUCAGUCAGCAUCGGUGUUCCAUAAAGGAAGGAUGAGGAGACCUCACCGUUUUGAUACAUGAAUGUAAACGAGGAAUCAUUUUACGAGAUUGAUCCAAAGGUAGUGAAAAAUAGAUAAACCGUUAAACCACAUUAUUUUAAAGUAGCAAACCUUGCUGUGUUAGUUUUUUCAUAAUUCCUCGAAAAAGAUAUUCGAUUAGUGAAUCCUCGUCGAAAAGCAGGAUGUUGUCGGUAUUAAAAAAAUGUCUAAAAAGUCUGCAGCGUUCAGUCACAAAUCAGAAACGGGUGAAUAAACUCAGUCCUCGACCAUUCGAGGAUAUUCCAGGUCCGAAGUCUCUGCCGUUUAUUGGUACUCUGUACAAGUAUAUUCCUUGGGUUGGUGAAUAUAAUUUUGAAAGAUUACAUAAGAAUGGAGCUAAAAAAUUGGCUCGGUACGGUCCACUGGUUCGAGAGGAAAUUGUACCGGGUGUUCAUUUGGUUUGGAUCUUCAGACCUGAAGAUAUUGCUGAAAUAUUUCGGGCGGAAAUGAAUUUGCAUCCAGAGAGACGAAGCCAUCUUGCUCUUGCAAAAUAUAGAAAGGAUCGUCCUCAUAUUUAUAACAGUGGAGGCCUGUUACCUACAAAUGGACCAGAAUGGUGGAGAUUACGUAAAGAACUGCAAAAGGCCAUAAGUCGACCGCAAAAUGUAAAGAAUUAUUUGGAGGACACUGAUAUGGUUGUCAAGCAAUUUUUGAAAAUUUGCACUCGAGAGAAAUUCGAUAAUUUUUUACCAUUGCUGUCGCGUCUCUAUCUGGAAUUGACGUGUCUCGUAGCUUUUGAUGUAAAACUAAAUAGUUUCUCAGAAGUAGAGAUGCUGGAAGGUUCUCGAAGUUCAAAAUUAAUAGAAGCUGCUUUGUCGACUAAUAAAGCAAUUCUUGCGUUGGAUAAUGGUCUGAGACUGUGGAGAUUUUUUAAUACACCUCUCUAUAGAAAAUUAUGCAAAGCACAAAACUGUAUGGAGGAGGUAGCCAUCGAAAUGGUAUCGCGAAAAAUAAAAGGAAUGAAUCAAAUUCCUUCGGGGGACACAGAGUCCCUUUUGGAAAUAUAUUUAAAAAAUCCUGCAUUGGACGAAAAAGAUGUCGUUGGAAUGGCUUGCGACAUGUUACUCGCUGGUAUAGAUACGACUACCUAUACUACAGCAUUUGCAUUGUAUCACUUAGCGAAUAAUCCAAGAACUCAGGAAGUUCUUUAUAAAGAAUCCAAAAAAUUAUUAGAGAAUCCUGAGGAUCCGGUGACCGCCACUGUUUUGGGAAAAGCGAGUUACACUAAGGCGAUCAUAAAAGAAACUUUGAGAUUGAAUCCAAUUUCCGUUGGUGUUGGUCGAAUUUUACAAAACGACGUAAUUCUGAAUGGCUAUCAAGUUCCCAAAGGAACCGUCGUAGUUACUCAGAAUCAAGUGAUUUGUCGCUUGGAAGAGUAUUUCGAAAAUUCCCAAUCAUUUAUACCAGAACGAUGGAUCCGCGAAGAGUGCCGUAAGGAGGAUCAAGAAAAAUCUUCAAGUAAUAGCAAAACUGUACAUCCCUAUUUAUUGCUACCGUUUGGCCAUGGACCAAGGUCAUGUAUUGCCAGACGUCUAGCCGAACAGAACAUACAAGUCACUUUGUUACGCAUAUGCCGAGAGCUGAAGUUCACGUGGGAAGGAAAAAUAUUAGAUUCCAAGUCGUUACUAAUCAAUAAACCAGAUUCAGCUGUUAAACUUAAUUUCCUUCGAAGGGACUGAAGAAGCCAAUCAUAAAAAUCAGAAAUAAAUCUUUUAAAGCAUGCUUAUCCAAUGCUUCGCAUUGCUAUGCCAAACAAUUUGUAGUUAUCGAACAUUUUAUAAAAUACAAUAGAAUAAGUGUCAAUACAAGAAAGGCUUUAAGAUUUUAA